AAAAUCUCGCAUGUGAAUUUUCGCGGAUGGUGUUGUGCCAUGUUGUGCGCUCGGCCAAUCGGUGCUUCAAAAACGCGCUCCCGUUAGCGUGAGCGCGAGAGUCGACUGGCCACCUGCGCGUCCCUAAUGAAAGCGUGUGUGCAAAACAAAAUAAGCAGAAGCGCAUCGGUUGCGAGGUGGUGGUGGGGGGUACAUGCCUUUGGUGAACGGUCGGUCCCGGAGGACCCGCCGUGUAAAGUUCCUCGAUGAAUGGAUCCGCAGCGAUGAAGAAGACAACUGAUCGGCCUCCCUAAGCGAUCAUAGGGAGCUCCGACCGGCGCGGCGGCGGCACCAUGAAGGAAAUGGUGGGCGGCUGCUGCGUCUGCUCCGACGAGCGCGGCUGGGCAGAGAAUCCACUCGUGUACUGCGACGGCCAGGGCUGCACCGUGGCCGUCCACCAAGCCUGCUAUGGAAUUGUGCAAGUGCCCACUGGGCCUUGGUUCUGCCGGAAGUGCGAGUCUCAGGAAAGAUGUGCUCGUGUUCGGUGUGAGCUGUGUCCAUCCAGGGACGGCGCACUCAAGAGAACCGACAACGGCGGCUGGGCACAUGUUGUCUGUGCAUUGUACAUCCCGGAGGUGCGCUUUGGCAACGUGACCACCAUGGAGCCCAUUGUGUUGCAGCUGGUUCCGCAGGACCGUUACAGCAAGAGUUGCUUCAUCUGCGAGCAGCAGCACCACGAGAGCAAGGCGUCCAUUGGAGCAUGCAUGCAGUGCAACAAGUCUGGGUGCAAGCAGUACUUCCACGUCACAUGUGCGCAGGCAGCGGGUCUUCUCUGUGAAGAGGCUGGGAACUACUUGGACAACGUCAAGUACUGCGGGUACUGUCCCUACCACUACCAGAAACUGCAGAAACGGGACAGCCACAUCAAGAUCAUCCCAGCCUUCAAGCCUAUUCCAGCAGAGUGCAAUUCACGCGAGGGCAGCCCUGAACGCAAACCCACCAGGGCGCGCAUCAAGGGGGGCAGCAGUAUGAGUACGGAGCGGCGUGCAUGCAGCCGGCCACCGUGCAAUGGCCAGGUGUCCUCAGACGGUGGUGCCAGCAGCGAUGCCACUGAACCACGCAAUGGUGCUACGUCUGGGGGGUCGUCGCCCUUGCCAAGCACGGGCACACCCAGUACCCCACUGCCUCAGCUGCCCGGCAAAUUCACGACAGCCAACUUCACAGAGGCAACGGUGGUGCAGACGGGCAGCCCUGUGUUUGGGGAGCGGCAGCGCAAGCGGGGUCGCCCGCUGGGCAGCACCAAGGAGGCCAAGGCCCAGCAGGCCGCACAGCAAGCCGCAGCCGCUGCCGCAGCAGCAGCACAAGCUGCACAGCAGGUUGCAGCAGCAGCUGCUCAGCAAACCACAGCUGCUCAGCAACAGCAACCGCAGCAACAGCAGCAGUCGCAACAGCAGCAACCCCAGCAGCAACAAUCACCGCAGCAACAGCUGCAGCAGCAGCCUGUACCUCUGCUGCAAGCCAAGAUGGAACCACUCUCCCCUCCGCCAUCGUCGCUGGCCAGCAACAAUCCAACACCCAGCUUCAGCAGCAUCUAUGAAAACCUAGUGGGCAGCAGCCGCCAUAGUGAGAAGAGGCCAAAGGCCAAACGGCCCUCCCCAUCCCAGGGUGGCAGCAGCAGGGCAUCGCCAUCAAGCAGUGGGGAACGUGAGACCCCCAAAAAUGGCAGCCUGGGUGGCGGCAAGCGCUGCGCCAGCGCAUCAGGCGGCCCGAGGCUUCGCAAGAAGGUGCCUCCCAUGCUGUCCCCGUCUGCGCAAACGGCGGCUGCCAGCGCAGCCACCAACGGCCUGCCUCCGGAGCUGAGCCUGGGUGGUGAAGAAGGCAGCCGUCCUGCAUCUGCCGACUCCGUGCUUACGCAGCCUGCCCGCCUUGAGUCAGAUGAUGCCACCUUAGAGUCUAGCAACAUUCAAGGCAAGAUGCUGCAGCCACCCGAGGACCACGAUGACAAAAAUGGGCGGGUAUCUGCAACGCUGCCCCCAGAAGGCUGGGCCUCGACGUGCCAAGUCGGGCCACCUCGUAUGAGCGUGUCUCGGAGUCCUGCUUGGCCCGAAUCGGCUGCUGUACCAAGCUUGAUUCCGCAGACCCUGGAGCAGCUGCUUGAACGUCAGUGGGACCAGGGCUCUGGCUUUCUCAUGAGGCAGGCCCAGCACUUUGACAUUGCAUCAUUGCUGUCGUGCCUACAUCAGCUGCGCUCGGAGAACAUGGAGUUGGAGUCUCGCAUCAGUGGCCUGCAGGCACGCAGGGACCAACUGCUGGCUGUCAGCGCGCGCCUGAUGGGUCCCCUCAGAGAAGGAGUUGCGCCCCCCUUAGUCCCCACAUCCAGCUCUCCCAUGCCCCUCGUGUCCCAUGCCUCUGCUGCAGAAGUCAAUGCGGCGGCAGCCAUGAGUUUUGGCACGAGGGCAAAUUUGCCCGCAUCUUCCGUGGGCUCUUCAGUGGAGAAGCACCCUGGUGUGUCACUGGGCUUCCCCCUUGGUUUUCCCUCUUCGGCUCAGCCAUCCACAGACCACCAGCCACACCAGGCAAACGAGUUGAGUGCAGCAUCACAGCAUGGCUUCCCUGGCCGGCCAGCGAUGGGGCACCCUGAAGGAAUGCCCUCGAACGAGAACUCAUCGCAUCGAGGCUCCACACUGUCCACCUCUCGCCAGCCGAGCAAUAGCUAGGAGCCACAUGCAUCAUUUCAGCGCCGUUUGUACAGGAUACAUUCUCAUGAUGUUGUACAUCAAGGAAGCAUUGUCAACUGUUCGCACUUGGGACGAGCUAUGCCCUGAUUGUCAGGCAGGCUUCGUAGCCGAACAGACUGCAGGGAAAGUCAUUGAUAAUAUAAUUUUAUUGUUUUAUACUUCAUCGCAACUCAGAGAUUAGCAACAUGGUUCCCUCUCCCUUGUUGGGAUGUCUGCAUUUCAACCCUACACUCAGUGGAGGCUGUUUUACACAAGUCUUUUACCACUUCGUUGUCUGCCUCUGUCAAAAGAAGAAACGAAGAGACUGACUCGUAGCAAAGGAUGAGCACAGCUCUACAAGCCUUUGCCUCGUGCAUCGCAGCAUAGCUCGAUUUUUUUUCCCUCUCCCAUUUUCAUUGUUGUGUUCAGUGCAGAGUUGGUGUUAAUCUUGUGGCAGCUGCUGCCAUAUUGGACGCUUGUUUCAGUUCAUGUGUGCCAUCAGGUUGGCUGGCAUUUGAAGGUGCGAAAAUUCAUCUCAUGUGUCAGCUCAUGCUGCAGAAGACAAAGGGACUUUCCAGAGGAGAGGCUGCUCUUCAUUUUAAUUAUUUCUAUGUCUUGUAUAUUUGUAUAUUUACCUGUGAUGUGAGAGUCUUGCUCCUAUUAACUUAUGGCAUGCCCCGAAUGAGCAGGAACUUUGCAGCAACUGGUGUUAGCUAUGAAAUAGAUGCAGGCGUUCCUCGGCACAAGCUGUACAAGUGCUGUUCGUCCCAACACGCACCAGUUCUCUGUGUUCCCUCGUUAACUGAGUUGCCGUCUGGUGUUUUAUGGUCGCCUUUGAAGUUACCUUGGCCUCUAGCUGCCUGGCCUCUUUCUUCAAUUGGACAAUUCAGCCAGGUGUUUAUCAAAACCUUCUCCCUUGGCAUAUGUCCUGCAAUGAUGCCAUUACACUGUACAAAAGUUCAUGUUCAAAUUGUUUUUGUUUGUGUAACCUGUACAAAAAGACAAUGAACCACGUUGAGAUCUUUUAAGUAGCAUAAGUGUUCAUUUCUGUUAAUUUUGACAAUAUGUAUUGUUUGUGCAGUAUUUUUUUUCUUCUAACUGCAUGUCUUGUAAAUAGUAAAUAAACGUCGGCAUUUUUAUGCGGCUUUCUUCUA